AUGGCCUUCAGGCUGGCCUUCACGCUCUCGCUGCUCGCUCCCUUCACGGCCGGUUUUCAGGCCGCUGGACUGCCGUGUCGUGCGGCCGCUGCAGGCGAACGCGGCCGCUGGGCCUUGGCGUCUCUCGGCGAGGGUGAGGGCGAGGAGGAGGAGGAGGAGGCGACUGUAUACAAGCGCAAGAAGGGAGGCUAUGUCAAGCGGCCGGUGGACGACCGGGACCGCCUACCGUACGAGCUCACCGACGUGACGCCUCCCGAGCGCCGCCUCGGCACCUACCGGCUCGCGCCGAAUCUCGGGUGCGGGGACAUGGUGGAGACGUCGGAGGACGCCUUUGUGGUGAAGCGCGUGUCGUACCGCUACGCGUACCGCGCCGGCCGCUACCGCAUGGUUGGCAAGGGCGCCAACGUCGUCAAGGCGGGACGGUUCGGCAUCGAGAAGGCUCGCCGAGCCCCGGACAGCCCACUCGCCCGCCUGCCUCACCUCAGCCUCCACACUGCGUCCCUGUCCUGUCUCUGA